UCCAUGGUCCGCGCUCCCAGAUCACAUGGACUGUUCAUUAGGGGUUGGCACAUUAGCUAUUAGUACGUAUCAAUUGACGAUUAAAGUAAGGGCAUCAUUGUUAGUUAUCAGUAUAUUCCAGUGAUAAGUGACCGAUUUUAGAAAAUUAUAACAUAUAUUCUUUGCCAGUUUACAAUAGCUAAGUGAUAUUAAUGUUAUACUAUAAUUAGUAUAUGUAAUACUAAAUUAUCUUCUCACACUGGCGAACUAAAAAUUAUUUGCAGAAAUAUUUUUAAUCAUAAGUAUGAUUUUUGUGUAAUAGAUAUCUAUUGUAAGAUAUUUCACUGUUGUCAUCCUUUCCUUCAUCAUCUACAGUAAAUAAACAGAAAAAAAUUAUUUCUAACAAUUCCAAAAUGGAGGAAAAAGCUAAAACUAUAAUAGAAAAUAUGGAAAACGUCAAUCCAACAAAGAAAGCAGCAAAGCCCAAAUCUGCAAAAUCACAACGGUCACCAGCUUCACAUCCACGGACUUCUGAAAUGGUAAAUGCUGCUAUUAAGGAAUUGAAAGAUCGAAAAGGAUCGUCUUUUCAAGCAAUUAAAAAAUACAUUUCUUUGACAUAUAAAGUUGAUGGAGAGAAAUUUUCACCUUUUAUUAAAAGAUACUUAAAGGCAGCUGUUACUUCAGGUACUGUUGUUCAAACAAAAGGUAAAGGUGCUUCUGGGUCGUUUAAACUUUCUACUAAGAGUUCCAUUAAAGGUUCUGACUCAAAAAAGAUUCAUCAAACUAUUAAAGUAUCAAAACCUAAAAAAGUUAAAAAAUCUGUUGAAAAGAAAACAUCGUCGUUACGAAAACCAGUAUCAUCAAAAAAACUAAGCUCUCCAAAAAAAGCUGGAAGUACUAAAAAAUCAACAAAUGUGAAAAAAUCUAAAGUAAAAACAGCUCAAAAAAUUGAAAAAGUUAAAUCUAUAAACGAAUCUAAAACUAUGUCAAAGAGCAAAAAGACGACUAAAGCACCAGCAGCUAAAACGAAAACUCCUAAACCCAAAAAAUCGAUAGCUAACAAAGCAAUUAAAUCAACAGCAAAGAAAUAAUUAUUAAACAAGAAUUUUAAAAUUCAAUUGGCCCUUUUCAGGGCCACAAA